GCGUUUACAGGAGGGUCACUGUAGACCAGCCGCGGAGCUACUCGUGUGUCAGCGCUCAUUCUGAAGAAGUAGGACUGAAAGUGACUGGAUCAGAACACCUUUGUCUCCCUCCGCAGCUCGACAUGGACUUUUCACUGGACACCUGUGGACGGCGACGAUGUCUGCUGUUAUUAUAUCUCUUUGUCUUGGAGGCAGCGGCCAACUGUCCUAACCCCGAGGGAAGGGAAAACAUUGUCUUAACGACUGAAGCACUUCUGUUGAAUACAUUUCCAGAAGGCAUUGGUGUCACUUUAGAGUGUGCUAAUGGAUAUGUUAAGGAAAGUGGAUCUGAGGUUAUAAGCUGCACUGAUGGGAAAUGGACAGAACCAGAUCUCAUCUGCAAAAAGAAGGACUGUGGUCUCCCUCAACCUCAACCGCAUAUGCAUUUUGAUACCAGUGGUGGCACCCUGUUUGGUGCUGUAAUAAAAGUCACUUGUGAUAAAGGAUAUGACAUUAGUGGAUUGAGCCACAAACACUGCCUUUCUAAAGGGUGGAAUGGAAAAUCCACGUGUGAAAUCGUAACGUGUGAGGAACCUGCUGAAGUGACCAACGGCCGGAGCCACUGGGAUGGUCAAGGUGAACCGGAAUAUGGACAGGUCAUAAAUUUUGUCUGUGAUGAAGGAUACAUCCUCGUUGGUCCGACCAGCAUCAUGUGCACUGAAACUGGUGAAUACAAUUCUGAGCCUCCUAAAUGCCAAGGUGUGACAACAGAAGAUAGAAUUACAACAACAAUAGCAACAACUCCUGCACCUUCAACACAAGCAGCGUCCACUUCUACGGCUUCAUCUGCCACAUCCACAGCUCACCAAGAAAAACAUGUAACAACCAGUGCAACACCAACUGUCUCACCUUCGGCACGAGGUGGCAGAGACAUUUUCACAGCUGAGGAUAAAGCUACCACAGCCAAUGUAACAUCAACAGCAUCUUUUCAAGACAAACAUGAUGGGACUGUAAUCACUAACUCAGAUACUGGAUAUAUGAAUGUUAUAGCCUCUGUGAUAGGCAUUUCAUUAGUUACAUGUAUAGUUGUCUACUUUUUACACAAGUUUCUUCUGAGGAAAAAAGGCUCAUAUGACACCAGAGAAGACCUGAAGCCGGAGUUAUUACAGUUCCAAAAUCUUUAGAUUGCCUUCCUCACUCAGCUCAAACGAAACGGUUUUUCUCUUCAUUUCUUGUCAACACCAGCUCUGCAAAUGGAACCGUGCCUAUCUCUUAAAGAGCAUCUGUUACCCAGGAGGACGUGCCAGCAAACUGUAACGUUGCCUCCAUGAAUCGAUGGGGGUGAAAGAAAGAGAACUCACUUUUGAUAUUAUUGCACUUGAAAUGGCAGAUAAUCAGAUCUGCUGAGUAGUAUCAUGAUUUAAACAGAAGUAUAACAUUCCAGUGAUCAAAGCACAUUUUAUAGUGAUGCUUUUUUUAUUUUUUUAUUUCCACAUUUUUUUAACACAAAAUUGUAAAUAUUUUAUUUCACUACUAUUUUGUACAUUAUUUAUAUAAAAACUGGAGAGAACACUUCAGUAUUUUGUCCAUGUUUUAUGAAGUAUUGCAAAGUUAUUUAAAACAAAACAUUUUAGUUUGGAGUUUUUGUGAAAUUUUAAGUUUCUGUGUUAUUAAUGUGCUGUUUUGUUUGCACAGAACCAUGAAAAAGGUGAUUCAAGAGACACACAAUGUGGUUAAUUCAACUGAUAAAGAUACAAUCAGCUGCAUUCUUCGCCUCCCGACUUUCCUUCCUUCAUUGUCAAUUGUUCUGGAGUCCUUUUAGUAAGCUCUGCAAAAUAAUGGGAGACCUUGUUUCAUGAGAAAAUAAUUGAAUAGAGUACCUACCAUCAAUGAACCAUGUAACUACACUAGCUGCUGUACAGUAUUGUGAGGGGGAAAAGUGAUGAAAAUGUUUGUGACCUUGAAUGGGUAACUGAGCCAGUGGAGCAAAAACCUGUAAAAGUUUGUUAACCAUUCAUUUGAGAGUGGAGAAGGCUUUUUUAGACUUUACAAAGAAAACCAAAAGAUCAAAAUCUUACUGUUGUCCACUGCACAGCAUGUUAUGUAAAGGGGUCGAGAGCCUCUACUCAAAAAAUGACAUACAUGUUAAAACAUUGUCUACAUCUUACAAAGUAGCAGCUUCUUUUUUCUUAGAGGACAAACUAAAUGAACACAUUCACAGUCAUGGCAGCGGUGAAGGACCCAGCCAUUAUCCUGGCAGGGGUUUGCACAGUACAGAGAAAAGCCCUGUAAUAAAAUGUGGUAACAGUGUUUCAUUGUACCAUGGUCUGCUGUUGUGCCAGAGGCUCCAACUGUGGCCUUUUAGGGAUCAAAAGAGAUGGUUUCUUGACUCUGCUUCAAUAGAACUUCCAGGUUUCAUUAAAUCAUCUUUGGUCAUUUUACAAUUUCUUUUCUGAUCGUGAAAGAGCUUGAGCUUUAUCUGGAUAAUAAUUUGUGAAAUCAUCUGGAGGAGAUGAACAAGGUCAUAAACCGGAUAUGCAUUCAUGAUUAUAAUGAUUCAUCUAAGGUAUAAGGACAGACAGUUUAUUAUCAGAGGGUUUGCUGUGUUUCUCAGAGAAUCCUCCAGUCAACUAAUGUGUCAACUCACAUCUUAGUUUAGCAUGCUACCUUGCUAACAUUUGCUAAUCAGCACUAAACACAAAGUACAGCUGAGGCUGUCGAGAAUACUAUUAGUUUUGCAGAUAUUUGGUCAUAAAUUAAAAAAAUCACCCUCGUUGUGGCAAUAAAGAAAAAUUCAGUCGAUCACCAAAGUCGGUAGGAUUCAGCCUCUAGCGACUGCUUGUUCAAAAUUUGAUCAUAAACCAUCAAAUAGUUCUUCAGAUAAUCCAGUCUACACCAAAGUGAUGAACUGCCAAAGCUAACUGUGGAAUAUCAUCAGCUUUAUAGCUUAAACAAAACAUCACAACAAAACCAAGAAAUCAAGAAUACAUGCUGUGACUGUUGAGGGAUCAUAUGAAAGUCACAUUGCAGGGAAAUCUUUAUAAGUGCUGAGUAAACCUACAGUCAACACAGUGGCUUUCCCUUCCAUUCACACUCAGUCUCUGGCUCAGAGAUCCAGCUUUGUAACCAUAGCAAUGUUGUACACGUAAAUAACAAUGAACGUAUUGGCAAUGUCAAUCAAUGCACUAUUUUUAAGGUGAAUAAGCAUUUUUGUCACUUCUCAAGCUUCAACAAUCCUUUGUCAGAUGUCUCAACACAACAUGUUAAAACCUUAGUGACAGUAGGAAACAUGUUGGGUGUCCUCCCUGUUUCAGAGAAUUUCCCACUCUCUAAAGUGAAAGUCACUGAUUCCUCCUCCAUCAAAUCUUGUUUUUCCACUGCAUUAGUACAGUACCACACCCAUCCUGGCUCACACUGUAUCAUCACUGUUGGAAAGCCUUAAAGGCCAUGUAUCUCCUCUGAAAGACUCUAAAAGACAGAUUUGUUUUUACACUGAACGCCCUUCAGGCAUUUCCAAUAGUAGCCAAUUGUCUUUGAAAUAGGAUUCGUAAGCCCAAGAAUUUUCACACGAUAACAGCAAUAUGUAUAAAUGUAUGUAUGAAUUCCAUUGGACUUCUUUGAGCCCUAAUUCUGUUUGUGAAGGACAGUCUGUUCAUUCUCUUUGUGGGGAGUCAAUUCGUACUUUAAUAACACAAAUUCAAAGAUGAUGACAUUUAAUGCUUUAAUGUUUUACUGUAAGUGAUCUACAAUAUAGAAUAUAGAAUAAAAACAGAAUAAUGUAAUUGUAUCAGCAAAUCAGGACAGAAGCUAUUUUUAUGCACACAUUUAUAAAAUAUUUAUUUAUAAAAUAACAUUUAUUGUGUGGCCCUUCAUAUAAAGCGUGUAUAGGUCAUGUACUAGUUGUUGUACAUGUUAUAAUACAGAUCUUUGAUCUUUAAAGAAUUGUAAACUCACCUAUGAAGCAUUUGUAUGUGUAAUAAACAAAUAUUUAUGCGGCA